GAUAAACCAGCCGCCCCGCAACCCAACAGCUAUCUUUUCCCAUUUCUCCCCGCCCCCCCAACCCCACCUCCAAUCCCUCUCGUCGUCGAGGCGAGCGCGGGCGCGGGCGCGGGCGGCGAGAUGGAAGGGAUGGGGCAGCAGAAGAGGCGGCCGCUGGUGGUGAUGGCGUCGGCGCAGGCGGCGGCGCGGGGUGGGGCCAACCCGCUCGCGGAGCUGACCGACCGCGUCAAGACCCUGGAGGCCGGCCUGCGGGCGUGGCUGGCGAAGCAGCCCACGCACGUCGAGGCCGCCGUCGCCACCGCCGUCGGGGCCGUGCAGGGCGGCGCCCUCGGCGGGCUGAUGGGCACGCUCGCGCCGGACGGCGGGUCGCCGUUCCCCGUGCCGCAGCCGCCGCCCGGGGCCGACCCCAACGCCCUCGCCUCCUUCAAGCAGGCGCAGGCUUUGGCAGGUGGACCACUGGUGCAAGCCCGAAACUUUGCCGUCAUGACUGGUGCUAAUGCAGGAAUAUCUUGUGUUAUGAGAAGGAUAAGAGGAGUGGAGGAUGUCCAGGGCAGCAUGGCAGCAGCGUUUGGUUCUGGCGCUUUAUUCUCCAUUGUGAGUGGAAUGGGGUCUCCAAAUCCAGUUGCUAAUGCAAUUACAACUGGUGUAGCUUUUGCAGUAUUUCAAGGUGGUUUUUUCAUGAUUGGUCAGAAAUUUUCGCAGCCACCGAGUGAAGAUAUAUACUAUUCCCGUGGGAGAAAUAUGUUGAAACAAUUAGGGCUUCAGAACUAUGAGAAGAAUUUCAAGAAGGGUCUUCUUACUGAUCAAACAUUGCCCCUACUCAAUGACAGUGCACUUAGAGAUGUGAAGAUCCCCCCUGGUCCCAGACUUCUCAUCCUUGAUCACAUUCAAAGAGACCCUGAGUUAACGAAAUCAACUUAAAUCGAUUGCCACAGCCUGUUGGCACCAGCUUUUCCUCAAGUUGCAUAAAAUCGUGUUCUUGGAAGUACAAUCUAGCUAUUUCAAGGAUGAGCUCUUUAGGCAGAAGUGUGAUUGGAAAAGAUAGCUCAUAGACGUUUUUGUAGUCAUCAAACUAUGAUAAAUUUAGAUGGAUGAUAUGCACUGAAGUUACCCUCGAAUUACUAGCUUCCUGUUUUUAGUCUUGAACGGUUGAAUCUUAUGCUGAGUGGUUGAUAUUUCCAAUUGGGCAAGUCAAGAUAGAACACUUUCCAUAAGUUGUGUAUGUUAUAAGUUAAUAAUCUAUUGGGCCUUUUCCAAGUUA